AUGGCUUGUCGUAUCAGCCGUCUCAAACCCCAAAACUCGGUGCUUUUCGUUUGCGAUCUUCAAGAGAAAUUCAGACAUCAAAUCAAAUUCUUCCCCGAGAUUUGCAUAGUUGGACGACGGUUGAUCGAUGCGGCAAAGAUCCUUGACAUUAAGACUAUCGCCACUGAACACUAUCCAAAGGGUCUUGGCCGUUUCGUGCCCGAACUCGGCAUCAGAGAUCGACCCGAUAUUUCUGUGUACGAGAAAGUUAAGGUAAGU